AGUCAUAUGCCACAAUUUUGAAAUGGCAAGUGAGAUUUAUUUGGUUGAACUCAGUGCUGACCUUCCUUCUAAAAUAGCAGUAGGAUAAUAGGUUUUCUGUUCGCAUCGAGACUAUUGGAGACGUCUAAAGACCGUGUCAACUGAACUUUCUGCUUCGUGCAUUCCAGGGUAAUUCCAUUCGGGUCAUUAGGCUACAGAAUAUUUGUUAAGGCAUCACACCAUUCUCAAGAUAUACGAUACAUUCUGAACGAAAACACCACAAAGGAUCUGCUUUGACUAUUGUAUGACCAGUAAAAUUCGACUGUUUGGAGGACACCCACCCCGUCCAUACUGCGGCCACUAUCUAUCUCCAGCAGGCUCGAGGCUCUGCCCCGGAACGUGUAUUCAUCCCGCUGUGGUCAUCAUCCGGGAUUGCGCUGCAAUAAAACUUUCGUCCAUCUGCUUUGACAUCUCGGCGACUCCCGCGUUCUCUGCUAAAGCAAAGAACGAGGACAUUAUUCAUUCGCUACCUACAGAACGAUUAUUUAUUAUUAUCGCGUGUGUUCUUGUUUUGGUGUUCCAUACCGAAACGUAUGAUAUGAUGACAAUUGCCUAGGAUUAGCUAGAUGACAAUUCGUUUUCCAAUGUUCCCAAAGAGGGAAGCCUGAUGCUAUGAGGGUGUUUUGACACAUCAAAGUGACGCGUGUGAUGUUAGUUGUUUAUCAGCAACAGGAAUCAAGGAUAUUCGUAAUGCAGUUUGUUACGUUUGAAGGCGGUUACAUUGAAACAAUGUAUCAUAAUGGCAUCACGUCUCGUGCCUGGGAAGCGAAUUGAUGAUGGAUUGUUGUUACAUUGUAGCUACCGGAUUGUAAAUAGUUUACUUCUUUUUACGUGUUAUUGGUGAGCUAUUUUUCCAUUACGUGGAGAUGGUGAUUCUAUUUUUCCAGCGUGCCCUUCAUCGUCAUCAUUCGGCUCCUGUGUUCCAUUUUUGAAUUUCUUCGAGGCUGACACGUAUGCUACAGUAAGGACUUGAUCACAGAAUACACAAACAUGGGAACUCAGAUUACUGGCACUGGAAGAAAAAGAAUCCCCAACAGGGAGAGACUGACCGCAGAGGACGAUGCCCUCAAUCAAAUCGCUCGAGAGGCUGAGGCGAGACUGGCAGCGAAGCGGGCGGCCAGAGCAGAGGCACGGGAGAUACGCAUGAAGGAACUGGAGAGACAGCAGAAAGAGAUGUAUCAAAGCCAGAAGAAAUACUAUGGUCUGGACAACAAAUGGGGCCACAUUGAGCAGUGGAUGGAGGAGAGUGAGAGGUACUCCUCCCGUCCUUCACGGAGACACACGUCGAUCUCAGACGAUGAGGAACGGAUGUCGGUGGGGAGCCGAGGAAGCCUUAGGAGAAACUUCUCAUCUGAUCUGUACUGCAGCUCCAACAGUCUCCCCUCACUCAGACAUCAAAAUUCCACUCAAAAUGGCCGGCCCUCCAUGCUCUUUAUUGAUGGCCCACGCACCCAGAGUCACAGGGGCUCUGUGUGUGACGAGGCUGUGCAGAGUAGCACACGGCGCUUUAGUGGCUCCAUCUCUCGCGGUCCUUCAGACUACAGUGGUUUUCUGGGCUCCAACUCUCGGGCCUCGUCCAGGGCCAGCUCUGCCCGUGCCAGCCCAGUGGUGGAGGAGAGAUCAGACAGGGACUUCCUGGAAAAGGGUUCCAGGACUGCCUCUACCCUCUCAGCAGCCACUCUAGCAUCGCUGGGAGGGCCCUCCUCUCGCAGAGGCAGCUGUGACACCUCUAUCUCAGUAGAGACAGAGGCGUCCAUUCGAGAGAUAAAGGACUCCCUGGUGGAGUCUGAGGAGAAGUACCGUAAGGCCAUGGUGUCCAACGCCCAGCUACACAACGAGAAGUCCAACCUCAUGUACCAGGUGGACACGCUGAAGGACUCGCUCAUUGAGCUGGAGGAGCAGCUGUACGAGUCUAAACGAGAGUACAACGACAAGGCCAAGGAGUUUGAGAGGGAGAGGCACGCCCACAGUGUUCUGCAGCGCCAGUUUAACGAGAUGAGAGAGACGCUGAAACAGAGUGAAGAACUGUUAACCGAGGUGGGCCAGCUCCGUCUCAAACGGGACAGCUGUGUUAGGGAGAUCUCCGACCUGCAGGAGACCCUCGGAUGGAAGGAGAAAAAGAUUGGGGCCUUAGAGAGGCAGAGGGAAUUCUCAGACGCCGGCGUGCAGGAUGAGCGGGAUAAGCUCAGGGAUCAGGUGGUCCACCUCAAAGACACUCUGAAGAAACAUGGGAUAGUGCUGUCACCUGAAGUAACCACCAAUGGGGAUGCAGGACAGAUGAUUGACGGGCCUCGCAGUGCAGACUCUACCUCCCGAUUGGCUCAGGAGUCCCAGCCGUCUCAUGGUGGGGAGAGCAUGCUUGGCGAAGCACCAGAGAUGCAGUUGGACCAUGGCGAGGUGAGGACACCAGGGGGAGGCAGACUUCUACAUGAGGCUGACAACUACUCACAUGACCAGGAGAGGGCACUACUGGAGAUAGAAUCUUCGGACAAGUUGAACCAAGACAAGUUGAAUGACAGCCUGCAGCAACAAACAGACACUAAAGCAGAGCAGUCCAAGUACUGUGACCAAGAGACCCAGGUGGAUGUUGCUGUACCUGAAGAAGCCAUUUUGGUGCAUUUUGGUGACAAAGAGACUCAGAUUGAAUAUGAAGUAGAGAAACCCCAAUACUGCGACACAGAAACUCUGGUGGAACCUGCUGAACUUGAGGGAGCCAUUUUGGUUCAAAAGGAAUAUACAGAUGGUGGCAGUGACAAUGGAGAGGGGUUGAAUCAAAGAGGAUUUGAACCAGAAUCCCAGGAACAGGCAGAGAAUGAGGAAAACAGUGGAGAAAGUAACAAGGACGCUGUACCAGUAAGCGGUGGCACUGACGGACAAUGUGAGGAAAACACACACCUUGAGAAAGGACGGGAAAACACAGAGCUUCUCACAGCUGUGUCUACUCACUUUGAAGAACAGGACAUCUCUGGCCCAACUCUCUGUGAUGAGACAGAGGCAACUCUUAGUCAAAUCCAACGUGACCUGCAAGGAGAGAACACCCAGGAGUAUGAUCCUGGGACUAAAGGUCAAGUCAUUCCAGAAAACUCAAGGAUCACGGAAUCUGAGAUGAUUAAGAUGAUUCUGAGGAUUUCUGUAUGUCUAGGGGAGGCAAAGACCAGCCCAAAUCAGAUCUCUCAAGGAUCAUUAAAGAAAACAGAAACAAUAGGGAUGGAGAUGAAGAAUCAUCCAGGGCAUCCUGCAGAGCAUCAGGCAGAGACUGGCCAAGUAACAUCUACUGGAACAUCUGCUAUCUCAUCUACAGUCUCUAUUGAACUGUUUAUCUCUGAAUGUCCUGACGAGGUUGGAAUCAAGACAGAUCAGCUCAUAAUAAACACUUUAAGUGAAUUUGAGAAAGACACACAUAAUUCUCUAGAACUUCAGCAACAUAAGAAUGAUCAUUUCAGUACAGAAAGCUCUGUGGAAAUUGUGCCAAAGAUCACAGACUCUGACAGACAGAAAUUAUCUGAGAGGGUUGAAGAGCUGGAGUCGAGUUCAGUGGAGAGCAAGCCAGAUCAGAUUUGGCAGGAAUCUGUAUGUGGCAUGAAGGAAGAUGAACCAAAUACUAAAGAGCUUCAGGCAAAGGAGUCCCCAUCCACUAUCGCUGACAAAACGGUUACACCUAUCAUAACAGAGGAGGGGAAGACUAGACUAGACCAACAGGUGAUCCCUGAAUUACCAGAGAGGCUAGAGACCAGCUUAGAAAAUACCUUACCAGGUGUUCAAGGUGAUCAGAAGAUGGAUGUAGCAGAAUCAAGGGAGAAACAAGGAUGUACCUGUAAAUGUACAUGUAAACAAUCCGAGAGUGAUCAAGUACUGACGGAGAACUCACUGGAUGUAGCUCUAACUCAGAGGAUCAGCGACUCUAGUGGAGAGGUUAUCUCAGACAGGACUGAGGCGGUAGAGCCCAGCCCAGACAGGAUCCAAUCAGAAUCACCCAGUUGUGUAGAGAGAGAAGAAUGGUGCAUCAUUGAGGAGAACAUCUAUGAGGAGAAUCUCCAGCAGGAAGCCAUUCAGGAGGAGCAACAGACAGAACAGGGGGAGGCUUCAACAAGUUCACCAGCAGGGGGAGACAAUGAGUUAAACGAUGGGGCCUCAGCUGGAUAUAUAGACAGUUGUGAAGAAGCCGUUCUACUUGUGAAAGAGGAGGAAACCUAUCUACCUGUAGAAGAAGAGCACAUCAGCUCCUCACCCGGACCCUCGGCACUUGGCCAAGAGAUACAGCCAUUACCCGAGGCGGUGGAGGAGGGGAGAGAGCGCCCCCCAGUGGAAGAAGUCCAGAAACAGGAGAGCGGUGUAAGAAAGGGACAAAGGGGCAAUAGGAAGGGCAGGGGCAAAGAUCCUUGCAGAGUAAACUAGUUGAUGAUACUGUACUCUCAAAGUGUUAUUUGAUGUGUAAUAGACUACUGACUGGGGUUGCAGCCAGUCUCUGUGGGUUUCUUUGUUUUACUCAAAGGAAUUACAUGUUUAAUUUAAUGACUUAUUUAGUGCCUUGAAUAAAUGAACCAUGUUGAAGAGCGAUCGGUUUUGUUUUAUUUUGCACUAUUGCAUACUGAUUUCUGGCUUCCAUAAAACCUCACCAAGCUUCCAUUCAUGCACAGCGGGUAGGAUUAUAUUACACAACAACAAUUCUGUAUUGUUCACCAAGCUUCCAUUCAUGCACAGCGGGUAGGAUUAUAUUACACAACAACAAUUCUGUAUUGUCCACCAAGCUUCCAUUCAUGCACAGCGUGUAGGAUUAUAUUACACAACAACAAUUCUGUAUUGUCCACCAAGCUUCCAUUCAUGCACAGCGGGUAGGAUUAUAUUACACAACAACAAUUCUGUAUUGUCCACCAAGCUUCCAUUCAUGCACAGCGGGUAGGAUUAUAUUACACAACAACAAUUCUGUAUUGUCCACCAAGCUUCCAUUCAUGCACAGCGGGUAGGAUUAUAUUACACAACAACAAUUCUGUAUUGUCCACCAAGCUUCCAUUCAUGCACAGCGGGUAGGAUUAUAUUACACAACAACAAUUCUGUAUUGUUUACCAAGCUUCCAUUCAUGCACAGCGGGUAGGAUUAUAUUACACAACAACAAUUCUGUAUUGUCCACCAAGCUUCCAUUCAUGCACAGCGGGUAGGAUUAUAUUACACAACAACAAUUCUGUAUUGUUUACCAAGCUUCCAUUCAUGCACAGCGGGUAGGAUUAUAUUACACAACAACAAUUCUGUAUUGUUUACCAAGCUUCCAUUCAUGCACAGCGGGUACGAUUAUAUUACACAACAACAAUUCUGUAUUGUCCACCAAGCUUCCAUUCAUGCACAGCGGGUAGGAUUAUAUUACACAACAACAAUUCUGUAUUGUUCACCUGUCAGGUUUUUACAUGCAACAUACUAGAUAACAAUUACAUGAUUAAAUAGGUAAUAAGUGGGAGAAUAUAUCAAUCCUGUGACAUGUUAUCUCCACUCAUUUGUAUGUGUCAGCUGUUUAAAACUCUUUUCAUCCAUACUCACAGUCCCUCCAACACACUGUACAGUAUUUCAGCGGUAAGCGACUGUCCAUAUUCUCAGGUUUUCAAUGAACUGCAGAUUGGGAUCAGUUGGGUGAAAUGUUUUAUUAUUGCAAUGAAUUAAGUAUAUAGUGUCUAUUUAUACAGUCCCAGUCAAAGGUUUGUACACACCUACUCAUUCCAGGGUUUUUCUUUUCUU